GGCGCUGCUGCUCCAUCCAGUCCCCCUGCAUAGCCUCUCAUGAUGGCCCUGCGGCUCCUGCUGCAUCUCACCUUCCUCGGGCUCGGAACCACUCAGCCUUUGGCUCAGCAGCAGGGCUUUAGCGCGCCGGCAUUCGACUGGCCAUCCUCCUCCAACCUCAACUCACCCCAGGAGGUUCCGGAUCACAUCCAGAUUCCGAACAACGGAAGCAAGCCCCUGGUGGUGGAUGUGCAGGUGUUUGUGUCCAAUGUGUUUAACGUGGACAUCCUUCGGUACACAGUGUCCUCCACGUUGCUGCUUCGGCUGUCCUGGCUGAACACACGCCUGGCCUUGAACUCAACUGGGCACCAGCGGAACCCAAUCAUGCUGCCCUGGGACGUACUCUGGAUGCCGAGACUCACUGUUUGGGAGGCCCUCUGGGUGAAUUGGCAGGACAAGAGCCCGCAGGCCCGCGUAGACAGGGACGGCCACAUCGAGUUCUACCUGGCCCUCACCACGGAGACCAACUGCGACUUUGAGCUCUUCCACUUCCCCAGGGACCAGAGCGACUGCCACCUCACCUUCUUCGCUUUCAGCAACACUGUGACGGAGCUGGAGUUCCAGGUCCACGCGGUGAACGAGAUUGUGAGUGUCAAGAGGGAGUUCGUGGUUCAGGAUCUGAAAACCCAAAUCCCGCCCCAGCACCUGGUACCCUGCUUCCAGGUGACGUUGCGCCUGCAGAACACAGCACUAAAGGCCAUCUUAACGCUCCUGGUCCCUGGGGAGGCGCUGCUGUUGGCUGACCUUUGCGGGGGGCUGCUGCCCCUCUACACUGAGCGCAUCGCCUACAAGGUGACCCUGCUUCUGAGCUACCUCGUCUUCCACUCCUCCCUGAUACAGGCCCUGCCCAGCUCCUCCUCCUGCAACCCCCUGCUAGUUUACUACUUCACCGUCCUGCUGCUGCUGCUCUUUGUCAGCACCACCGAGACUGUGCUGUUGACCGGGCUCCUGGCCCGGGGCAACCUCAGGGCAGAGGACAGCCCCAGCCCAGCGCUGAAUGGGGAGCAGCACGACCAUGGGAAGCCAGGGCCUAACCCUGAAGAAGCCCCUGGAGCAGGGAAGGGGUCCAGAAGGAGCUGGGCGGAGGCUGCUGACCACAUCUUCUUCCAGGUGUAUGUGGUAGGGGUGGCGUGUAGCCAGGUCAUCUUCAUUGUGCUUUGGAUGUGGGCGACAUGCAAGUCGGACCCAGCCCCUGGAGCGGCCUCACCCCACGGCGGGCAGCCCAGGCUGUAA